ACACGCACUCUCAACUCGGAAACUCCCAAUUAUGUUUCAUUUUAAACACUCAUAACUCCUACAGAGUACAGACUACAGUCCUACUCAUAUCAAAUAAAAAAAUUAUUGCUUUUCUUCCGAGAUCCAAAUCAUCUAGCCAUUGUUAAUUCAGUACUUGCUUUGCCUUUGACCUCUUUCUUCCUUUUUCCUUCCGGCCGUCUCUCUUGGAAGAUUCCGAUGAAUUACAACUCUCGACCUCGGUAUCCACCAGGGAUCGGAAAUGGCCGCGGCAGCGGUGUUGGUGGAAAUUAUGCGCAUCAAAACCCUAAUUUUCAAAGUCGGCCUCCGUAUCAUCAUCAGCAGCAAAACCAUAAUCAACCUCACUAUGUUCAGAAAAAUUCUACGCAGCAAAAUCAAUACCAAAAUCAACAUCAACAACCACAGCAGCAGCAGCAAUGGAUGAUGAGACGUCCUGCUAAUUUUACUGAUAGUAAUUCUUCUGUUGCUACUACUCAGUCUACAUCUACUGAAGUUAUUCAAUCUCCUCAAUCUCAUUUUGAUUCUAGCUCUCAGGAUUGGAAGGCGAGCCUAAAGCUUCCACCUCCUGACACUCGUUACAAGACAGAGGAUGUUACUGCUACAAAGGGAAAUGAAUUUGAGGAUUAUUUCUUGAAACGCGAACUGCUUAUGGGAAUUUAUGAGAAGGGGUUUGAACGUCCUUCUCCAAUUCAGGAAGAAAGUAUCCCAAUUGCUUUAACUGGAAGAGAUAUUCUUGCUAGAGCUAAAAAUGGAACUGGUAAAACAGCUGCAUUUUGCAUUCCUGCACUGGAAAAAAUUGACCAAGACAACAAUGUGAUUCAAGCUGUUAUACUUGUUCCCACCAGAGAGUUAGCCCUUCAAACAUCACAGGUAUGCAAAGAGCUUGGAAAGCAUCUGAAGAUUCAGGUUAUGGUUACAACAGGAGGGACUAGUUUGAAGGAUGAUAUUAUGCGUUUGCAUCAACCAGUGCAUUUGCUUGUUGGAACACCUGGAAGAAUACUAGAUUUGGCAAAGAAGGGUAUCUGUGUUUUGAAAGACUGUUCCAUGCUUAUAAUGGAUGAGGCUGAUAAACUAUUGUCUCCUGAAUUUCAACCUUCGGUGGAGCACUUGAUUCGUUUUCUGCCUAAAAAUAGGCAGAUUUUGAUGUUCUCAGCUACUUUUCCUGUAACUGUCAAGGAUUUCAAAGAAAAAUAUUUGCAAAAUCCUUACGUCAUCAACCUUAUGGAUGAGCUUACCCUCAAAGGUAUUACACAAUAUUAUGCUUUUGUUGAAGAAAGACAGAAGGUCCACUGCCUAAACACACUUUUCUCGAAGCUGCAAAUAAAUCAAUCCAUUAUAUUUUGCAACUCUGUGAAUCGAGUCGAAUUGUUGGCCAAGAAAAUUACAGAGCUUGGCUAUUCUUGCUUUUACAUUCAUGCUAAGAUGCUCCAGGACCACCGAAACAGGGUUUUUCAUGAUUUCCGUAAUGGUGCCUGCAGGAAUCUUGUUUGCACAGAUCUGUUUACCAGAGGUAUAGACAUUCAAGCCGUAAAUGUUGUAAUCAAUUUUGAUUUCCCAAAGAACUCUGAAACCUAUCUGCACAGAGUUGGUCGUUCUGGAAGAUAUGGACACCUUGGAUUGGCUGUUAAUCUAAUUACAUAUGAGGAUCGCUUUAAUUUAUACAAAAUAGAACAGGAGCUUGGGACUGAAAUCAAGCAAAUUCCUCCGCAUAUAGAUCAGGGUAUCUACUGUAGGUGACAAUGCAGACAUUGUCAUAUGAGAUCAAUGGAUGGAUGGAGAAGAUAGCAAUCUUUAUACUAGGGUCAGCCGCAGAUAUCUGCUGAUUGAGAGCUGUCCAUUGGACUUUGUUGAAACUAAUGAAGUUCAAAAAUGCUUGAAUACUAUUUAUGAAGAUCAGAUUUCCAAGCAGUGAAAAAGGUUUAUGUAACUUUGGUGUUUUCCGUUUUACUUAUGUAUACUGCAAUCCCCCCCCCCCCCCCCCACCCCCCAAAAAAAAAGGGAAAAAAAAUUGAAAAAUUAAAAAAUGAAAAAAAAGAUAGAAAAACCCAAAAACAAUAAAAAUGUAGGCGUAGGCUAGUAUUUAAUCUCGUUGCAUGUAGAGGCCCCUUGGAGCUAUUGUUUCGUUGUGUAUCGUUAAUUGUUUAAGAUUGUAUCUGUUUUGCAUAUCAACUGAAGACGGAUACAGUGUUAUGUGAUACAUAUUUAUUUCAGCAAAACUGCAGCAUUUUGUUA